AGAGAGAGAGAGAGCGUGGUGAAAACUUUGCAUACAUACAAAACAAAGUACAGACAGCUAUUCCCACCUAACACCCAGCAAACAAAAACCAAAACAAAUAGGGAAGAGGGGGGGAAAAAGGAAGGAAGAAAGGAAGGAACGGAACCCGGGGCAGAGCCAGCCAGAGAGAAAGGGAAAUUUUCACUCCGCGCUGGGAUCUGCAGGGAUCAUUCGGAGCACAACCGUUGGUCUGCUAACCCGCCGUGUCGCCCCCAGCCCACACUCUGAGUCUACUAUGCUAUGCGUUGCUGGGGAGGGUUCAGGAGAUUCGUGGGGGAUCCUUGCCUUCCUGUGUGCCACGCUUUGGAACCUGCCUGGGGUGCCUGCACUGAACCGCACGGACCAAGUGACCACCAGACAGUCCAUCCAGCAGAUGUACGACCUUACUCGCUAUCUGGAACACCAGCUGCACGCGCUUGCGGCCACUUAUCUCAACUACCUGGGGCCACCUUUCAAUGAGCCGGACUUUGACCCUCCCCGGAUAAUUGGGGUAGAAGCUGUGCCAAGUGCCACUGUAGACAUUCAGGAAUGGCACAGUUUGAAUGACAAUGCCCGGCUAGCAGCUAAUUACCAGGCCUACAGCCACCUGCUCUGCUAUCUGAGGACCAUGGAUGGCACGGCUCCAACUGCAGUGCCAAGUCUGCACCACAGCCUCGCCCACUUCCGGGCUAGCCUGCAAGGGCUGCUGGGCUCGAUCGCAGGCAUCAUGGCUUCCCUGGGUUAUUCACUCCCAACUACAGGGCCCCCUCUAGAGAUUACCCCACCCAGCCACUUCCUGCGCAAGAUGGACGACUUCUGGCUGCUCAAAGAGCUACAGACCUGGCUGUGGCGCUCAGCCAAAGACUUCAACCGACUGCGCAAAAGGGUGCCUCCUUCCGCUGUUAUGCUGCAUCUGGAAACCAGAGGCUUUUGAUUCCUGCCGUCGCCAUUGUCUCUGCCUUCACCUCAUUCACUGACAUCAUUCAGACCUGCCACUCAAGGACUAGCACUUCUGAAAGACUCCAAAUCCAAUGCCUUCUCCCAGCCCCUUCUCAAAAUUGCCCUCUUCCUCUUCCUUGUCCCUUGCUUUUUUGGUGCUGCAUUGCUCUCUGCUACUAAGCUGUGCCUCUGGGUGAACAGAUACACAUCUAUACAACCUGUUUCUUUGCAUCUCUUCCUUCUCCACCUUGUGUAAAAUUAAUAUCUCCUCCUCCUCCCUCUCCCUCCCUCCCUCUCUUUCUCUCUUCCUCUUCUAGAGGGGCCAUUCAUUUUCCAGAAGGAGAGGAAGAGUGUUUCCCUUCCCAUCUCUAGGAUGAACAAUUAAGCCCUAGCUGCAGGGCAGCCAACAGCUGCAGCCUCCACCGCUGAUGCUCCUGUUGCCUUAAACUUCACUCCCUCCGUAGCUGGAUUUCUCUGUAUUCUCCCCAUUCUGUUUAAGGGGCUGUGCCAAUUAGAAGCUUAUCAAGGACAUUCUAUGAUCAGGCACUUACAUGGGAAGCAUCUCUCCAGUCAGAUUGUAAAAUAUGCCCAAACUGAAAACAGAGAUGAGAUACUCAGUUUAGCACAAACACGUGUAGGUUUUCAGCUUUCUUUCCCCUCCCUGGUUAGGUAAGAUCAUUCAUUCAAUGGUUUUUUCAUUCAUUCAUUCAUUCAUUCAUUCAUUCAUUCAUUCAUCCAUCAUAUGUGCAGGCCUACCCUUAGUAGGAUAAUUGUCUAAGCCAGCUGUAGUGGCCACCGCUUGUCUACACCGUUCACUCCAUAAAACAGGAUGGAUGAAGCUCUGCGGUUUUACACUGUCACCAGCAAAGGAGAAAUUUCCCACAUGUGGCCCCAUCCACCAUUCUUUCUCUCCAUCUUUGCCCACCCCUCCCUCCCUCCUGUCAGGUUGUUAUUCUAAGUUUGUUUAUAUUAAUAUUUAUUUAUUUUCAGAUGUUAUUUAUUAGAUUGUAUUUAUUGCAGAAUUUCUAUUCUUGUAUUAAUAAAUAAAAUGCUUUC